AUGCCACAUCAACCGUCACCCACAUCAACAACAACAUCUUCUUCUUCCUCCUCCUCCUCUUCGACUCCGUCACUGUCGAAUUCGGCCCCUCCACCGCAACCGCCAUCUAGGAAGCCGAAACUCCUUUACAUCUUCUCGUCUCGUCCGCUGUCUGUUCCUCCCGUCAUUUCCACAACCACUUCCACAACCACUCCUCCUUCCACUUCCCCGACCGACGAGGUUAUUCCCGGCUUCACCACUCCAGCCAGCCCGAAUGCUAAACACGUUCAAAUCUCGCUUGAAUCGCUCCACACUGCUGUUCUAAACACAAACCCGGGCACAUCUUCCGCUCAGCCACCUAACCCACAACCACUAGAAGAGCAACAACCGCAACAACCACCACCAUCAGCCGAACCGACUCAACGGCCGCCACCGCCAUCCCCAUUGCUGCCCCCUCCCAGACGGUCCUUCACGAAAUCCCGAAAGCGAUUUUCCACGGCCACAAGCUACAGCCGAAAAUCAACUAGUAGCACGAUGUCGAACUUCUGGGCUGACGUGGUCAAUACCACUGCUUUCUCGUAUCUCAAGUUCUCGAUCGCGGCUAGUACAGGUGUUGCUGCAUUAUUGUCUACUGCACUAUAUUUCAAGCAAAAUGACCUGAUCUACCCACGCCACUUCCCACCGGAGGCACGAACGGAGCUAUGGGACCCGUCAAAGUUUCAUAUGACCAAUUGGAACCAAAUCGACCUAAAGACACCCGACGGCGAGACUCUCCGGUCGUUCUUUCUAAGAGGGCAGGGAAUUCAAAGAAAAGCCGUUACGAUCUUGAUGCUUCAUGGUAAUGCAGGAAACGUGGGGCACCGAAUCCCGAUUGGGAAGGUGUUCGCAGAGCAGAUGGGAUGUAAUGUGGUCAUGUUGGGAUACCGAGGAUAUGGCCUGAGUACUGGAAAACCUGACGAGAAGGGGCUCAAAAUCGACGCUGAAACGGCGCUCGACUGGAUCUUUAAAAAUGAUGAGACUAAAGGAACGAAGGUUGUAAUUUAUGGACAAUCGCUAGGAGGGGCGCUCGGAAUCGCAACUGCUGCCAAGCAUCAAGACCGGCUUUCUGGACUUAUUCUUGAAAAUACGUUUACCAGCAUGAGAGAUGUUAUUCCGAAUGUUUUUCCGCCAGCUAAAUACGUCGCAAGACUUUGCCAUCAAGUCUGGCCUUCCGUAGAAGUUAUGCCCAAAAUCAACAAAAUCCCCGUACUGUUCCUUAGCGGACUACAGGACGAAUUGGUACCGCCAUCUCACAUGAGACGACUGCACGAAAUUUCUAAAGCACCGAUCAAAAUAUGGAAGGACUUCCCGAAUGGCACUCACAAUGAUUCCGUGAUGGAAGUCGGAUAUUUUGAAAAUAUCAACGAUUUUAUCAAUGAUGAAGUUACGAGGCAUAAGAAAGCCCAGUGA